CAUUAAAAAAAAGUUCUUUGUUUGAUUUCCUGUUUUCGUCUGAGCACUGCACUGUAAUGAUGGAAAUGCCAAUGGAGAAAGAAGUCUGUCAGUAGAAACGAAGAUUUCACAAGAGCAGAAGAAGCGAACGAGGCAGAGGCACAUUCGAGCAGAAACACUAGAACCAGGUAGAACCAGGUAGAACAGGUGGGAACAGGGAAACCAGCAACAAUGUUCAGGAAAAAAAUGAUUCUCGACUACUGGAGGAGCAACAAGGAGAGAGGAGCUAUUCUGAAGAGAGCCAGUCAGCCGGGAGCUUCACGUGUGAAGCAAUUGAUAGCCAGUACAGAAGGGCGACAGGCGCUCCACAAUGCCAAGAUGGCACCUCUGCUGCCUCCUGUUGGUGCGGAGGUGUUCAGACACUUCACUCCAGCCUCACUAGAAGAAAUCUCAAAAAGGCAUGAAGCUGAAAUUAAAGAACAACAAAGGAGGAAAGAGAAGAACAUUGAGAUAGCAGAGGAAGAUCUUCCUAAACCAGCCAAUGACCUGGAGGCUGGCAAACGCCUCCCCUUCAUUUUUGGAGACCCACCUCCAGAGUUUCUCAACACUGCGGUGGAGGAGUUGGAUCCUUUCUACCAAUCACAGAAGACCUUCAUUGUGCUUGGCAAAGGAAACGUCAUCUACAGGUUUAAUGCUGAACCUGCCUGUUACCUGCUCAGCCCAUUCAGCCCUCUAAGGAUGUUUGCUAUAAGAAUACUCAUCCAUUCUUUAUUCAGUUUGUUCAUCAUGGUGACAAUUUUGACCAACUGUGUGUUCAUGACGAUGAGUGAUCCUCCAGCAUGGAGCAAGACGGUUGAAUACGUGUUCACGGCCAUCUACACGUUUGAAGCAACCAUCAAAGUUUUGUCUAGAGGAUUCUGUGUGGGAGACUUCACCUUUCUCAGAGACCCCUGGAACUGGCUGGACUUCAUGGUCAUCAGCAUGGCAUAUCUGACCGAGUUUGUAGACUUAGGAAAUGUUUCUGCACUGCGGACCUUCAGAGUUCUUCGAGCCCUGAAAACCAUCACAGUCAUUCCUGGUUUGAAGACAAUCGUUGGAGCUCUCAUCCAAUCAGUGAAGAAGCUGGGUGAUGUCAUGAUUCUGACUGUGUUCUGCCUCAGUGUCUUUGCUCUGAUUGGUCUUCAGCUUUUCAUGGGAAACUUGAGACAAAAAUGUGUUCUGAUUCCACCACUAAACAACCACACAUCAGCUGGAGCUCUCAACAGCAGUUUCUAUGGCAACGACACCUAUAAUGACAACAGCACUGACUUCAACUUCUAUGAACACAUUACCAACCCAGCAAACCAUUACUACCUGCCGGGCGCACUCGAUGCUCUGGUGUGUGGAAACGGCUCUGAUGCUGGAGUUUGUCCAGAUGGCUAUAUUUGUAUGAAGGCGGGGAGAAACCCAAACUACGGCUACACCAGCUACGACUCCUUCGGUUGGGCCUUUCUGUCUCUGUUCAGACUCAUGACCCAGGACUUCUGGGAGAACCUGUUCCAACUGACUCUUCGUGCAGCGGGGAAAACAUACAUGAUCUUCUUCGUGGUUGUCAUCUUCCUUGGUUCAUUCUACCUUGUCAACUUGAUCCUAGCUGUGGUUGCCAUGGCGUAUGCCGAGCAGAAUGAAGCCACCAUUGCUGAAGCCAUUCAGAAGGAAGAGGAGUAUGCUCAGAUCUUGGAGGCACUGAAGAAAAGAGAAGAGGAGCAGGCAGCCCUCAGGGCGGCGCUCUCUGAAAAACAAGAUUCCAUUUCACAAAAGAAUUCAGCAACAAAGAGCCAUGAACAGGAGCACAUUGCCAUGGAUGAGUUUGAGGAUGAUCAGAGGUCAUGCCCUCCAUGGUGGUAUGCUUUUGCUGACAUCUUCCUGAAGUGGAACUGUUGUGGCUGUUGGAUAUCGGUAAAAAAGCUGCUCUACACCUUUGUGAUGGACCCCUUUGUUGAUCUUGCCAUCACCAUCUGCAUCGUGCUCAACACUGUCUUCAUGGCCAUGGAGCAUUACCCAAUGUCGGAGGAAUUUGAUGAGCUAUUGGUCAUUGGAAACCUGGUCUUCACAGGAAUCUUUACAGCUGAGAUGGUCCUCAAACUGCUUGCAAUGGAUCCAUAUAACUACUUCCAGGUCGGAUGGAACAUAUUUGAUAGCAUCAUUGUCACCAUGAGUCUGGUUGAGUUGGGAUUAGCCGAUGUCCAGGGUCUGUCUGUGCUACGCUCCUUUCGAUUGAUGCGAGUGUUUAAGCUAGCCAAAUCGUGGCCGACCCUCAACAUGUUAAUAAAGAUCAUCGGGAACUCUGUGGGCGCUCUGGGGAACCUGACGCUGGUUCUUGCCAUCAUUGUUUUCAUCUUCGCUGUUGUUGGCAUGCAGCUGUUUGGCAAGAACUAUGAAGACUGUGUCUGUCGAAUUUCAGAAAGCUGUGAGCUUCCUCGCUGGCACAUGAAUGACUUUUUUCACUCCUUCCUCAUCAUCUUCAGGAUCUUAUGUGGCGAAUGGAUAGAAACCAUGUGGGACUGCAUGGAAGUCUCGGGUCAGGCAAUGUGUCUGAUUGUCUUCAUGAUGGUUCUGGUUAUUGGAAACCUUGUGGUCCUGAAUCUGUUCCUGGCCUUGCUGUUGAGCUCAUUCAGUGGUGACAAUCUUGCAGUUACAGAAGAUGAAGGAGAAAACAAUCUCCAAAUUGCCAUCAACAGGAUCAACAGGGGUGUGGCCUGGAUCAAGGCCUGGUUUCUGGACAACAUCUGCUCUCUAAUGGGAAAGAAGAUCAGAAAGAACUCUGACAGCACCGCUGUAAACUCUGAGGAUGACAACAUGACGAAGGAGGUUUUAGCACUGACAUAUGUGACCUCAGACCAACCCAUAGUACCACCCUCCACUGGUAGCCACGACAAUCCGACCAGCUACUACUGUAAUAUCACAUCCCUGAAGGUCCCCAUUGCCCAGGCUGAGUCUGAUACUGACAUGGCUGAAGAUGAAGAAGAGGAGGAGGAGGAUGAAGAGAAACUGUCGCAAGGUGAGAAGAUAUCUGUCUGCAGCACAGUACAGAAGCCUGAUGAGGUCCACCAGGACCCAGAGGAUGAGGACAAAGAAAACUCUCCAGAGGACUGCUACACUGAAAAGUGUUAUAGUCGCUGCCCGUUUCUGAACAUAGACACAUCCCAACCCCGAGGAAAAGUCUGGUACAACUUUAGGAAAACCUGCUUCUCCAUUGUGGAACACAACUACUUUGAGACCUUCAUCAUCUUCAUGAUCCUGCUGAGCAGCGGAGCUCUGGCAUUUGAGGACAUCUACAUGGAGCAACGUCAGGUUAUCAAGGUCAUUCUGGAGUAUGCAGAUCAGGUGUUCACCUAUGUGUUUGUAGUGGAGAUGCUUCUGAAGUGGGCCGCCUAUGGAUUCAAGGUCUACUUCACAAAUGCCUGGUGCUGGCUGGACUUCCUCAUUGUUGAUGUGUCCCUGGUGUCACUGACAGCAAACAUCCUGGGUUACUCUGAGCUGGGAGCCAUCAAAUCUCUGAGGACACUGAGAGCUCUGAGGCCCCUGAGGGCCCUGUCUCGCUUUGAGGGGAUGAAGGUUGUGGUUAAUGCACUGGUUGGAGCCAUUCCCUCUAUCUUCAACGUCAUGCUGGUGUGUUUGAUCUUCUGGCUGAUCUUCAGCAUCAUGGGUGUGAACCUGUUUGCAGGGAAGUUUUAUUACUGUUUCAACGAGACAUCAGAGGAGUACUUCCAUUUUGACCAAGUCAACAAUAAGACUCAGUGCUUUGAGUUGAUUGAGGCAAACUUCACAGAAGUCCGCUGGAAAAACCUCAAGAUCAACUUUGAUAACGUGGGGAUGGGUUACCUGUCUCUGCUGCAAGUGGCCACAUUUAAAGGCUGGAUGGAUAUUAUGUAUGCAGCCGUGGACUCCAGAGAGGUGGAGUCCCAACCAGUGUAUGAAGACAACCUCUACAUGUACUUGUACUUUGUUUGCUUCAUCAUCUUUGGCUCAUUUUUCACCCUCAACCUCUUCAUUGGAGUCAUCAUCGACAACUUCAACCAGCAGAAAUCAAAGCUUGGAGGGAAAGAUCUCUUCAUGACUGAAGAGCAGAAAAAAUACUACAAUGCAAUGAAAAAACUGGGCUCCAAGAAACCUCAGAAACCAAUUCCUCGACCUGAGAACAAGUUUCAGGGAUUGGUCUUUGACCUGGUCAACAAGCAGUUUUUUGACAUCUUCAUCAUGGUGCUAAUCUGCCUCAACAUGGCUACGAUGAUGGUGGAAUCUGAUGAGCAGAGUGAGGAGAUGGAGUUCAUCUUGUUCUGGAUCAACUUUGUCUUCAUUGUCGUCUUCACAGCUGAGUGCAUUCUGAAGCUCAUCGCGCUCCGGCACUACUACUUUGGCAUUGGCUGGAACAUCUUUGACUUUGUGGUGGUCAUCCUGUCCAUUCUUGGUAUGUUUCUCUCUGAUCUCAUUGAGAAGUAUUUUGUUUCGCCAACUCUUUUCCGCGUGAUCCGAUUGGCUCGCAUUGGUCGAAUUCUUCGUCUCAUUCGUGGAGCCAAGGGAAUCCGGACACUGUUAUUUGCCUUGCUGAUGUCACUUCCAGCCCUCUUCAACAUUGGCCUCCUACUAUUCCUCAUCAUGUUCAUCUUCUCUAUCUUUGGAAUGUCUAACUUUGCCUAUGUGAAGAAGGAAGGCAUGAUGGAUGACAUGUUCAAUUUUGAGAACUUUGGGAACAGUAUGAUAUGUCUGUUCACGAUUACUACGUCAGCUGGAUGGGAUGGUUUGCUGUUACCCAUUUUGAACAGUCCACCAGACUGUGAUCCAGACCUGGAGAACCCCGGAUCCCUUGUCAGAGGCAACUGUGGCAACCCAGCAAUAGGCAUCAUUUUCUUCACUUCCUACAUCAUCAUGUCUUUCCUUGUGGUGGUCAACAUGUACAUUGCCAUCAUAUUGGAGAACUUUAACGUGGCCACAGAGGAGAGUGCGGACCCACUGUCUGAUGAAGAUUUUGACAUGUUCUAUGAAACCUGGCAGAAAUUUGACCCAGACGCCUCUCAGUUUAUACACUACGGGAAGCUGUCAGACUUCUGUGAUGCUCUGCAGGAACCUCUGAGGAUUCCCAAACCCAACACCGUCAAACUGAUCCAGAUGGAUCUACCUCUGGUUCCUGGAGACAAACUGUAUUGUUUGGACAUCCUGCUAGCGCUCACUGCAGAGGUUUUGGGCGACUCAGAGGCGAUGGACACUUUAAGGGCCAGCAUGGAGGAGAAAUUUAUGGCUAACAAUACUCAGGUGGCGUAUGAACCAAUCAGUAGCACUCUGCGGAGGAAACAGGAAGAGGUAGCAGCAACAAAAAUCCAGAGAGCCUUUAGGAAGCAUCUCCUGCAGAGGACGGUCAAACUGGCAUCCUACAAGUUCAAGGAGAAGACAGAGGGACAGUGUGAUAAGUUAGCCCCACCAGAGACAGAAGGACUUCUAUGUAAACGUAUCAAUCAGCUGUAUGGAGACGAGAAGAAUGUUUCAGAUGAGGAUAAUGCUGUCCAUGUGGAGCUUCAAAGGGAGGUUCUCCUUCAUUCUGCUCCUUCUCCUAAUGACCAGGAUGUUCCACAAGAUGAGAGCCUGAAGGAGUCAAUAGUGUGAUGACAGGUGGAGAGGUGAAUAGAUUCAGGUCAAAGGAGCAGCAGACUCCUGAACGCAACUGUUUCCAGCUCCUGAACUCAGCUUUUUCUUCUUCUUUCAGUUUCAUCACUGAGUGUUUACGCUCUAUCUGUGCUGAGAUGUUUAGGUUUUAAUCCUCCAGUGGAUCUUUGCUCACAUCUGAUUCAACAUCAACAAGUCUGAGUUCCUGCGAACUCGGAUCAUUGUUUUAGGUGUAAUCUUUGAAUGUUGGGUUGGGGUUAAGGUUAGAAGUCAGGGGAUUCAGACUCUUCUCACCAACAUGUUUUAAAUGCUGCCACCACAAAAACACCACAGGAAAGUUUUAUCUCUUAAAGUUGUUUCAGUUGACUCAGUGUUUGACUCAACUUCUUUUUCCUGUUAAAAAUGAUUUUCUGGUUUGUUAGAUGGGUUUGAUUUUCAGAUUUUUAACAGUCUUCAUUUAAAGGACUGAAAAAAAAGAAGGGCCAGUCAUAGUGACGUGAAUGAAGAGUUGGGUUCACAUGGAUUCCAAAUGUUGAUUACUUUGAGCAAAUGUCAGAAAGCUUUUCUACAAAACAAAACCUUUUAAAACUAUAUCUAUCUAUCUAUCUAUCUAUCUAUCUAUCUAUCUAUCUAUCUAUCUAUCUAUCUAUCUAUCUAUCUAUCUAUCUAUCUAUCUAUCUAUCUAUCUCAAAUAUUUUAAUGAUCAAAUGUAAUCACUAACAUUUAUUUUAAUCAUCCUAAUUCACAAUAAUCUCUUUGAAGUUUUUAAAAAAGAUUUAAUAACAUGUAAUAUUCCCAGCACACUAUGGAUUAGAGCAGAAGAAAAAUGAAAAAAUGUUUGAAAAAAGAACCAUGAGCUCAUUGGUUACUGUGGAAAAUUGUCUGGAUUUGCCAAAUUGUUUCUCCAACAACUGAUAUUAAAAUAAUUUCUUUAGUUUGCUUCUGUAUUCCAGAGAAUGUCCAUUAAACAACCUUUUUUUUUUUGUUGUUUUGUAUUGUUUUUGUCUCUUAUUAUCCAUCUAUCCAUAAAGGUUUGCUUAUCUGGCGUGGUAACAGCCAAUCAGAGCAGAGCAUGUUCAAACCAACUAACCCUGAACAAAAACAAGCAUCUCCUCAGGUGAUAAACAGGUGACUGUUUACACCUGCAGUGUUUUUGUUUCUUAUAGUCUAAAGUUGUGAGUCUGAUGGUACUUUGUAAAAAGUUUCAGUACUAUGAUGCUGAAAGUGAAAGGAGCACCACCCAAAUGCAAUAGAGGUAUCGGGGAUGAUUAGACUGGUGUAUUCACUAGACCUCGUAUGUCAUAUUACUGGGCUGCUAGUGAACACCUGCAUAUCCGUGUACAGUUUUGAGUGUUAUUUUUAACUUACUGUUUAUCAUACUUGGUUUAUAAUGUGCAGUAAGAGAGAUGUUCCACUAAUUUACGUGCUAUGUAUUAAUGUCGUACAAUGAUAAUAAAGAUUGUCUUCUAUCUACUAAA